AUGUCUCAGACCUCCACCACCCAGCUCUCUCUCAAUGAGAAGUCAAAUCACGUCGAGAAGAAUGAUGGUCAAACAGACCCCGAGCGAUCCACGACUGAGGCCGACUCUGUAAGCCCUGGGACUUUUGAGAAUGGCAACAAUCCGGAGUCAGGCUUACAUGACGGGCCUGCCAGCCCGCCAUUAUCAGAACCAAAGAGGUCCAUCACCGGCAUUCGCUGGCUGCUCGUGUGCGUGGCUAUCUUCAGUGCCAACAUCUUAUACGGGCUAGACACCACCAUCGUGGCAGAUAUCCAGGGCACCAUAUCCACCACCUUCAACAAUGUCACGCAGCUUGGAUGGCUCGGCAUUGGCUUUACCCUGGGCUCGACCGUGGCCAUUUUACCACUAGGCAAGGCUUUUGGUAUCUUUGACAACAAGUGGAUAUUCGUUGGCAGUUUGAUCCACUUUGCGGCUGCCAGCGCUCUAUGUGGUGCUGCUCCCAACAUGCAGGCCAUGAUCGUGGGCCGAGUUUGGGCGGGAGUAGGCGGUGCUGGAAUGUACCUAGGCACUCUAAACCUGGUGACGGUUCUUAGUGUUCCGAAAGAGCAGCCGUUUUAUAUUGCGCUGACGGGCUUCUCCUACGGAAGCGGUUGUAUACUGGGGCCCCUCGUUGGCGGUGCUCUGGCUGACAGUCCAGCCACAUGGCGAUGGGCUUUUUAUCUCAACCUCUGUGUAUUUGGCGCCCUUAGUCCUAUCUACCUGUUUCUCUUGCCAUCGCUCCCGAGGCGCCCUGAUUCCUCCUUCAUUCAGCAUCUCCGGGCGCUAGACUGGCUCGGCAUGAUGUUGACUGUGGGGCUUUAUGUCUCUUUCACCCUUGCUUUCACCUUCGGUGGUGUCAUUUGGGCCUGGAGCGACGGACGCACCAUUGCCCUGAUUGUCGUCUUCGGUGUCUUGACAAUCGCCUUCGUCAUCACCCAGCGCCUGGCGCUCUUUACCAACACUAUGGAUCGUCUCUUCCCAUGCGACCUUGUAGCCGACCCGCAGCUGGUCCUGCUGUACAUCAUCAUGGCCUGCGGCGGUGCCACCCUCUUCGUGUCGCUAUACUACAUUCCGCUCUACUUCCUGUUCGUCUACGGUGACGGCGGCGUCCAGGCGGCCGUUCGCCUUCUCCCCUACAUCUGCUUCUACGUCGCGACCAUCCUCUUCUGUGGCGCAUGCAUGAGCCGCACCGGCUGGCAUAACCUAUGGUUCCUCGUGUCAGGCAUGUGCCUGGUCGCCGGAGGGGCCACCAUGUACACCAUCAAGAUCGACACGCCUCUAUCCAAUCUUUAUGGGUUCAUUAGUCUCCUUGGCUUGGGAAUGGCGACAAGUCAGGCCGGAUACGCCGUUGGAAACCACCUGGUCCGUGAAGAGAGAGCCGCUGAACUGAUCCAGUUCCUGAACAUCUCUCAAGGCCAGAGCCAGCUCAUCGGCCUGGUGAUUGCAAGCUCCGUGUUCCAAACGCAGGCAUUUUCCGGGCUCGAGUCAAUCCUUGGCGGCCGGUAUAGCGAUGCCGACAUCAGGGCCGCUGUUGCCGGCGCUCAGAGCAUCAUUUUUGAGCAGCUCGACGAGGACACUAGACGACAGUGCCUGGUGGUAAUUGUUAACAGCAUCGGCAGUUGUUGGACCUUGGUCAUAGCCGCCGGUGCCACCUAUACGAUAUGCUCUGCUUUCUUGUCCCGGAACAGGGUGAUUCAGAUGGAUAAGGAAAAGGCAGUGCAGAUCGCGCAGGCAUGA